AUGGAGUAUCAGGAGAAGUAUGAGCUGCUGUCGGGAAGAUUGAGAGGAAUUUUCGAUGAAGGAUUGGAAGGGAAUUUUUUGAAGGGGCUCAGGGAGGACAUACGAGCAGAGCUCAGGGCUAGUGAAGUUGUCAAAGGAAAUAAUCUAUCCAACAAGGCUAUUGUCAUUCAUGAAAGAGUUGAGAAAGUUAGCAUCCAGGAGGAGGUAGACGUCAUAAUUUCUGAAUGGAUGAGAUAUAUGCUUCUGUAUGAGAGCAUGCUGAGCAGUGUGAUUUUUGCAAGGGAUAAUUGGUUCAAACACGGAGGGUUGAUCCUUCCUUCACGUGCAACACUGUAUAUGGCUCCUGUUACUCACAGUGAAAGAUACUGUGACAGCAUAAAUUUUUGGCGUGAUGUCUAUGGAAUUGAUAUGUCCGUGAUGCUCCCACUUGCAAAACAGUGUGCGUUUGAAGAGCCUUCUAUUGAGACAAUUUCAGCUGAGAAUGUCCCGACAUGGCCAUUCGUUGUUAAGUUUGUAGAUUGCUACACAGUCACGGCUCGUGAGCUUGAAUCUAUCACUACAAAGUAUAAAUUGACAUCUAUGUUGCGAGAUUCUCUAGCUGGAGUUUUCAUUUAUCAUCUAUAG